AUGUUGCUGGAAGGUUUCGAGCUGUACUAUAUGCUUGUUGAAGUUUUCCAGACGAAAGAUUCCAAAAGGCCGCUAUUUCUUCUGUUUGGCUACGGAUUCCCGCUAGCAGUUGUUGCAACAUCCGUCUGGUUUGAUCGGUUUAGCUACGGUACGGAGCGGUAUUGCUGGUUGAGAUCGGACAACUACUUCAUUCUGGCGUUUGCUGGACCGGUGGUGAUAGUGAUACUCUGUAACACUGUCUUCCUGGUGAUGACGCUGUUCAUUGUGUGCAGUCAUUCAAGUAUCGGUUAUACCCCGUGCAAACAAGAUCGUGACGCGCUCAAGAAUGUUCGGUAUGCGUGUUACGAUUAUUUCUGGAAGUUUCAGUAG